GGCCUUUUAGUUUUUACUAGUGUGUGGGAAAUGUAGUACAGUCAAUGUUGUUAUUCUAGUUUUCAUAGUAGAAGGCUUACAUUCGUCGGUACAUGUAGUUAAUGUCAGAGGCUGUGACUCUAGGAUUUACAUUGCUGUUCUAUAUAAAACUAAAACUCAGAUUUUUUUUUUUUUUUUUUUGUAAAUGAAAGACCGAAUAAAGUUUUUUUCUUUGCUAAUAAUUUUGAGUCUGUGUGCGUUUGCAAUCUUAAGAGUUUGUAGACAUGUCAGAGCAACUAAGUAAAAAUGUUCCUGUGGUUUUUAUUGGUUCUUGCAUGACUGACAUGGUCAGCUUUGCUUCCCGCCUGCCAAAAGCUGGAGAAACAAUACAUGGGCACAGAUUCUUUUCUGGAUUUGGUGGCAAAGGAUCCAAUCAGUGUAUCCAGGCAGCCAGACUUGGCGCUGAGACUCUAGUCAUUUGUAAGGUAGGAAAGGACACCUUUGGCGAUAACUAUAUUCAGAAUUUUAGAAACAAUGGAGUUUUCACAGAUUUUGCAUUUCAAACAGAGGAAGCUUCUACUGGUGUUGCCUUAAUAAUUGUAAAUGAUGAAGGUCAGAAUUCCAUUGUCAUAGUUGCUGGUGCUAAUCUUCUGUUGGACCAUGAAGACUUAAAAAUGGCAACUUAUGCCAUUGGUGGAGCUAGAGUGCUGUGUUCUCAGUUGGAAGUCACUACUGCUGUAAGUCUGGAAGCAUUGAGAAUGGCACAUGCCAAAGGAGUGAAAACCAUUUUCAAUCCUGCUCCUGCUAUUCCAAAUCUGGACCAAGAUUUCUACACCUGCUCUGAUGUCUUCUGCUGCAAUGAAUCAGAGGCAGAAAUUUUGACUGGCAUUCCAGUUAACAAACAAGAAGAUGCUGGGAAGGCAGGUUCCAUACUUCUGAACAGAGGAUGUGGAGCUGUCAUCAUCACCUUGGGUGUCCAAGGCUGUGUACUGAUGUCAUCACAAGAGCCUUCUCCAAAACAUGUGCCUGCCAGGAAUGUCACAGCUGUGGAUACUACGGGUGCUGGUGAUAGUUUUGUGGGAGCACUGGCGUUCUACAUGGCCUACUAUCCAAACCUAACACUAGAAGAAAUGGUUCAGCGAUGCAGUUACAUAGCAUCAAUCAGUGUACAAGCCCAAGGAACACAAACCAGUUUUCCCUAUAAAAAGGAUCUUCCAGCAAGCCUUUUUUAGCAAACAAUGUGAAUGAAAAUGGAUGAAAUUUGACAAGAUCUUAAUUUGGAAGAAUUGUUGUAAAUAAUACUAAAUGAAUGAAAUAGUUAUUUUUAUUAACCGACACAUUAUUGUUACUGCAUCUUUAAUACUGUCAAAUGUUAAUAAACAAUUAAAGAAGUUCCAUAGGGACAUUUUUUCACAUACAAGCUCUGUAAAUAAAACCACUGGAAAACUGUA